AUGUAUGCUGCUAGUCCUGUUAGCAACGUACUUCCUCAGGACGUACAACGGCCAAGUGUAGCAACUAGUUUCUUGUAUAAAUUAACAGAAUUAGCAGCUUACACUUCGGCUGUUGCUAGUGAAGCUUAUUAUACUUUGACAUCUAGCAAUGGAAAACUUGAGUUAGAGAUCCCUAUACCGACAAAUAAAACUUAUGGAUCACAAGGACAGAAUACUGACGGAAAUGCGAUGCAAAUUAGUAACGAUAAUUCCGAGCUUAUUAACACACACAAUGUUGAGUCAAACGACAAUGACGCGGUCCAGAAAACUAAUAAUAACUCAGUCCAGAAAAAUAACAAUAACUCAGUCCAAAAAAACGACAAUAAUGUGACAACCAGUCGAAAAAUAAAUUUUAGUGUUGAUAAAAAAGAUCAAUGUUCGUGGACAACAAACGAUAAUGAAGAGGAACCACCGCCACCAUAUGAUAUUUCUUGGUCAAUGCCAACUCAUAACAACGAAACGGAUCAAACUUUAUCAAUCUCUACUCAUAAUUUAUCAGACGCGCCUACUCUGUCCUCAUCGCCGAAGAAUAUACAGUCUGAGACUCCACAAACUGUUUCUCCGAUUGAUAUCUCUUCUACAUCGUCAUCUACUCCUGCUAAACGCAAGCAAAUCCGUGUACGUCGUCCUCGACGAUUACCUCGUCGUAAGUCUUCUUCAACUGAUAUUUUGGUUCAAUCUAAAGAAUCUAAAGAAGUUGAUGAUCAAGACGCGUUUAUAUCAAAAAUAAAUGAGAAACUUGUUGAUAUGAUCGCUCGAGGUAAAGCUGCCUUAAAAAGCACCGUCUAUGUUACUGAUGCAGAUGUGAUGCUUGCUGAAGAAAAAGAACGUGAAGAUCGCAUAAUGAAAGAACUUGGUCUUCAAACUCCGAUGAAUCGACGGGGUAGGAGGUUAACUUGCUCUUUUUCUGAUUAUGAUUAUUUCGGUGGUUCAAUAUCGGAUUUCAGUAAUUAUUCUGCUCCUGAGUCUUCAUCAUACUGUGAUUAUGGUUACGGUUCUAGUAAUAGCUAUUCAACUCCGAAUGAAUAUGUGAGUCAUUCAUCUCACAGUAAUGGUUAUACAUCUCCGAAUGAAUAUGUGACUCCUCUUCGACAUCCAUCACGUCAUUCAUCUCAUAAUAAUAGCUAUUCAACUCAGAAUGAAUAUGUGACUCCUCUUCGACAUUCAUCCCGACAUUCAUCUCACAGUAAUGGUUAUACAUCUCCGAAUGAAUAUGUGACUCCUCUUCGACAUUCAUCCCACAUGCACUAUAAUACUCCAACACAAUAUAGUUCUUAUUCAUCACACUCUGUUUCAGUACAUUCACCUGCUUCGCCCAAUACUGGUCUAUAUGGGGUUUAUGUUCCCAAUGUUGGUGGUUACGUACAAAAUACGAAUUUUGGAUCAAAUGCAAGUCAUUUUGGCCAAAAUGUUUCAAAUGUUGGUGUUUAUGGUCAAAAUGUGGGCGGUUAUCAUAGGUCAAACUCUGUUGGAUCCCCCGUGUCAAAUUCUAAUAAUUAUGGUUUCAAUCUAAGGUUUGGUUCAAAUGGAUUGUAUAAUAAUAAUCAGGAAUACUUUUAUUAG